AUGGAUAUCGAUUAUGAGUCUGAAGGCCAAGAAACUUCUUGUUCUAGUUAUAUGUACCAAGCAAAAGAAGAAAAUAUUUUUAGUUUCCAAAGUAAAGCAUUCAAAAAUAUAAACCCAGUGACUGAAAUGGGGAUUGGAUAUCGUCAAUACACGUUUCUCUUAAAAAUCUCCAAAAGAGGAUUGCACGCCACUUCAUAUCAACUUCAUGACUUUUUUAAAGCCAUGUGCGAAAUAUGUGACCUAUUGAAGCUUUCUGAUAUAGAAAUCGUGCUCUGAGCUAUAUAUUUAGAGCGCUUUGGCUGGCAGGAAUUUUUGCAAAAUUCAGAGGAUUCACUGCUGUUUGCAGCAUAUGCAGCUAAGUGUAUGCUGAAUGAAAACACUAUAGAGUUUUUAGAAAGGCUCCAACAACGAUCGGAAUCCUUUUCUAAGGAGUAUAAAGAAUGAAUAGGUGCCCAUCAGAACAAUAUAAAUAUAGAUUUUCUAGAAAUGAAUUCGGUUUUCAAUGAACUGAAUUAUUUAGAAAUCGAAAUCCAAGAAGAAGAGAAAGUUGAUUAUAACGACGUAGUAGAUGAUCUGAUCGAUAAUACACUAGAAUCACAGAGAAAGAGAUUAGGGUCAGAAGACAGCUACACCGAGAAGAAGAGAAAAAAUAAGCUGUAG